AACAUGAAGCAACAGCAUUUGCAUUAGGGAAUUGGCUCUCAAGGAAAGUGAAAGUAUGCAGCGCUGAUGGGGGAAAUUUCCUACUCUGACAUCAUAAAGGAUUCACACAUAAAACUCUGAGCAGGAAAGUGCAGCCAUCAUCUCUGCUAAACUGGUCAACCUUUACAACUGAAGAUGAAGAACAUAUUUAACAAAUUAAAACCAACGCACCAAGUUCAAAGGAACAACAGCAGGAGACCUUUACUACAGAGCCAUGGCAACAUACAAGAGGCAAAUGACUAUCCAGAUCAUGGGCACCCCCCACUCCUGACUCAGAACACCUUCAGCCUCGACCAGUGUCUGCAGGGCAACAGCACACUUCAGGAACUAGCUAACGUUCUGAAGGGGGCCUCUGAUGUCAUCUCCUACACCUCUGAGGCAAGUUCACCACAGCAGAACCUGAAACAGAGGGUUUGUCGCAUCAUACAAAGAUCUAUGUCUGAGCAUUUCCCAAAGCCACCACUGGAUCUGGACCAGAACCUCCAGCAGCACUUGAGGAGCGUGCAGAACACUGUGUUCAAUGAGAUUAUGACGCUGGGCCCCCUGUUGCAUUCUAAAGGGUUGAUGGGAUGUCUGAUUGAUUGCUACCAGAAUCAGAUAUUUAACCAACUGGAGAGUCUGCUCCCGAACAUCAGCUCUGCCAACACUUCCAUUGUGCUGAUGAACUGGAUCAAAAAUACAUAUCAGAGUCAAGAAUUCCUUGGUCACCCUGACCUUCAAAAAAUGGCUCCCACAGAAUAUGUCAACAAGCAGCAGGUCGAAGAGUGGGAGGCAAAAGUAAAGGACAAACUCCGGGAAAAUGUGCAGACAGAGAUCAGAGGGUCCCUGGAGAAAAUCCUGCGGCACGAGAGAGUCCCACGUCACCAUAAUAGGGAGGAAGCUUAUGUUCAGCUUUAUGUGGAUACGAUUCAGUGCAUCAACUACUUUCCUAAACAAACACAAAAUAUACCAGAACUGUCUCAGGAAAUGAAGGCAGUUUGUUUCCAAGAGCUGCAGCUGUUUGUAAAGAGGUAUGUUGAUGAGCAGACUGAGACUCUUGGGAAAUGGGCAAAAAUGGACAAACCAGAAAUGGUACACUUCUUCAAAGUGUUGAAAACUUGUAGAGAACUCAGACAGUACAUCCAGACUGAAGACAGAACUUCUCUUCUUAGUGAAAUUGAGGAAAUGCUUGAAAACACAGAGUCUUCUACUUUGAAACAUCUGAUGGACAUAGUCACUGACAUGGCAGAGAGCCACCUGAAGAAUUACUUCAAAACUGGAAACAAGCAAUUAUUUUUCUUGCUUGAUGCGGUGAAGAAGCAUUUCCCCAAGCUGUCAUACUGCCAGGAUGAACAAAGGAGAGUGAUGGAUGAUGCCUAUAAGCUCAUUGUUCAUAUUUACGUCAAACAUCUUAUCAAAACCAGCCAGAGAAAACUGAAGAAGUGCUGGAGUUCUGAUGUUGAGAAAACAAUCACUGAUGAUGCUGAGCUGAUUCACAUCAAAAUCUCAGACCUGGCUCCUGGUGUCCAAAAGAGGAAUCUCCUGCUAGUAAAAGUCGUAGACGUGUUGAACUGCCAGGACAUAGACACGAUGAAGCUCAUAGUUGCUACAAUGCAGAAAUACUAUCUCACUGACAGUAGUGAGGACCUGAAGCUCCUGUCCAACCUGCUGCAGUGGAAAGGUCUGUCUAAAUGGGAGGUGAGGGAGGUGCUGGACGCCCUUCCUACUGAGCAUCAGCCCAGACCCAGAUCUAGAUGCUGGUCCUGCUGCUGCUGUUAGUAGAGCAGCUCUACACGGGAUCAGCUGGAACAAGCUGAGAGGGAGAUGGUUCUUUGAAACAUUCCUGAGAUUUUUCAUGUGCUAUGCUGAUCAAACUCACUCCGUUACUGAUUUCACUCGUCAGACCUGAUGUCAGGGCACAGAUGUGGAAAAAGAGAAACAUCUGGUUUUAUAAACUUGUCACAUGUAAAAUUAAGACUAAGCUCAGCAUCAGAAUCAGCU